GAGGACGAUAUUUAAAGGCGCUGGCGCCACGCGCAAAUCCUGCUCGCCACCGCCAGCACGGUUUCUGAUCCCGGCCUGAGGGCCGGUUCUCCUCGCCUGUGCCAUCACUACGCACGGAAGCGCCGCCAACAUGUCGGACAAAUUGCCCUACAAAGUCGCUGACAUUAGCCUGGCCUCCUGGGGACGCAAGGCCCUGGACAUCGCAGAGAACGAGAUGCCAGGCCUAAUGCGCAUGCGGGAGAUGUACUCCACCUCCAAACCACUGAAGGGUGCCCGCAUCGCUGGCUGCUUGCACAUGACGGUGGAGACCGGUGUCCUCAUUGAGACUCUCGUCGCGCUGGGUGCAGAGGUGCAGUGGUCUAGCUGCAAUAUCUUCUCCACCCAGGACCAUGCAGCAGCUGCCAUUGCCAAGGCUGGCAUUCCAGUGUACGCCUGGAAGGGUGAAACAGAUGAGGAGUACCUGUGGUGCAUUGAGCAGACGCUCUACUUCAAGGACAAGCCCCUUAACAUGAUUCUGGACGAUGGCGGUGACCUCACCAACCUCAUCCACACCAAGUACCCACAGCUCCUGUCGGGCGUCCGAGGCAUCUCUGAGGAGACCACCACAGGGGUCCACAACCUAUACAAGAUGCUGGCCAAAGGGAUCCUGAAGGUGCCUGCGUUCAAUGUCAACGACUCUGUCACCAAGAGCAAGUUUGACAACCUCUAUGGCUGCCGAGAGUCCCUCAUGGAUGGGAUCAAGCGAGCCACGGAUGUGAUGAUUGCAGGCAAGGUGGCGGUGAUAGCAGGCUAUGGCGACGUGGGCAAGGGCUGUGCGCAAGCCCUGAAGGGCUUCGGGGCCCGCGUCAUCGUCACAGAGAUUGACCCCAUCAACGCACUGCAGGCUGCCAUGGAGGGCUAUGAGGUGACCACCAUGGAUGAGGCCUGUCAGGAGGGCAACAUCUUUGUCACCACCACGGGCUGUAUUGACAUUAUCCUUGGCCGGCACUUUGAGCAGAUGAAGGAUGAUGCCAUUGUGUGCAACAUCGGACACUUUGAUGUGGAGAUUGACGUCAAGUGGCUGAAUGAGAAUGCUGUGGAGAAGGUGAACAUCAAGCCCCAGGUGGACCGCUACUGGCUGAAGAAUGGGCGCCGCAUCAUCUUGCUGGCUGAGGGCCGCCUGGUCAACCUGGGCUGUGCCACAGGCCACCCCAGCUUUGUGAUGAGCAACUCCUUCACUAACCAGGUGCUGGCACAGAUUGAGCUGUGGACCCACCCAGACAAGUACCCAGUCGGGGUUCACUUCCUGCCCAAGAAGCUGGAUGAAGCUGUGGCUGCAGCCCAUCUGGGCAAGCUGAAUGUGAAGCUGACCAAGCUGACCGACAAGCAGGCCGAGUACCUAGGCUUGCCCUGUGAUGGCCCCUUCAAACCUGAUCACUACCGUUACUGAGAACCAGGCCUUCUCUUUGUCUUUCAGCUUUUGUCCUUCCCUGGUCCCACCUCUCCUCUCCAAAAGCAGAUGGCACCAACUUUGAGAUUUGUUUGUUAAUGUCCCCCAUCGAUGUUUGGGGCUGUUGGUCACUCAGGCUAUGGCUUGCACUGCAUUCCUCAUACUGUUCCAAGUGUGGCAUGGGAAAUUAAGAAGUAUGUCCUCAAUCUCUGGUCAUGAUGGACGUACACAGGAGAUAACCCAAGAUAACCCAAGGGGAUCCAUGAGUGUAGGGGUUUGGGAACUGCUCAGUCAGUCCUUCCAUAGGCUGGAAGGCAGCUGUGGUGGUCACAAAGUCCUUGGACUUUACCAUGCAAGCCCUCACCUGGCCUAAGACUUGAUACCCAUGUUCUUGGUUUACAGGUUCAGUAGUUGCUCAGCCUAUGACAGAUGAGAUGGAGCUGUAACAGAGGGUAGGGAGGAACUGUUGGAGUUUGAACACUCUUAAGAACUUGGCUUAGUGCUGGGCAUUCUCUUAAAUCUCAAAACAAUGAGGUCAGUAUUUUCAGUCCUCCUUCUUUUACAGGGGUUAGAAUAUACUGUUGAGGGACAGCCAAGAGAGGACAAAAGAAGUACAGUCAGAGGUUGAAAGGGUCCAGAGAAUGGAAAAGCUAACAUAGAUCUUCCACUUCCUGUACUAUGGUUCCUAUCAUAACCCAGAAUCAAAGAGAUUAAAUUUGGUUUAUGUUUAACUAAUGCUUAUAAUGUUAAAAGAGAGCAGGAAGAUGGGUGAAUAAAAAUUUUGGUGCCUAAAAAGAA